UGCUCGAUGGGCUUUGUUUGUCUCUGACUGGAAACGUGUUCAGACAUGGGGCCCGUCCAGCUUUGGGCCUUGGUCGCCCUGCUCGUCGCAACGAGACAGGUGCUUAGCCGUACCAGAAUACGAAUCGCUCCUAAGUUCCACGGCAUCUGGACCUGUCCAGCGGAGCUGAACCACUUCACAACAAUCUUCAAUUAUUCGGUGGGAAUGGAUGCAAACGGACUUGAUGUCAUGAAUGUCGACGGAAGGAUUGACAGGAAGAUUAUGACAGUGUCAAAGUUUGACUUGCUGGUUCACCGGUGUCAAGCCGGCAUGUCCAAUGACAAUUGCGAGUAUUUCUUUAACUGGUCCUGGAAGAACGGUUGCUGCAACCUACUUGCUCAGAAGGGGGUGUUCUAUUCGCCCAUCCUCGAUUCCAUCAGUCCACCGUUUAUAUGCCCCAUGGACAAGUACUUUUACACACUCCGAAAUUCCACGAUGAACAUCGAUGAAAUCGGGGCCAUCAUGUCGAGCAUGGCUCUAGAAAAUUGGGUUUGGAAGGGUCAAUUUCAAGUAUGGAACGAAAAGCGUGAAUUAGUUGUGUGUGCUUAUGUUAUCGGCGAUUUGCGCCGUUAUAAAGUUAAGAAUUGA